ACCAACCCCCCCAUCGGAAGCUAGCUGUCGGAAGCUAACUUCAGCGUCGUGGCAGAGGAGCUACUCCUGUUUACAACAACAUAAUGGAGCCCAGAUGGCUGAAGGACGUCUGCAGGCGUGUUUUAUGGCCUGGAUGUUUGUUAUACGUUGUGUUUGUCAGCGGACCUGCGUCUGCGAUCGACAUACACACCGACCCGGAAGUGAUAGUGCAGAACGGCACGACGGGAGUCCUGCAGUGCACCUUUAAGUCCAGCGAGGUGGUCACCAAAAGCACCACGGUGACCUGGAGCUUCCAGUCCAAUCAGCCCGACCAUCAGUACUUCAAAGCGCCGUAUGUGAUUUACUACUUUUCUAACGGACAAGGAUAUCCAGCCAACACUGAGUUCAAAGAGAGGGUGCAGUUUAUCGGAGACAUCAACAAGAAGGACGCGUCGAUACAGCUGAGCCCGGCUCAGUUCAGUGACAACGGGACGUUCUUCUGCGACGUCAAGAACCCGCCAGACGUAACAGGAACCCAGGCUCGGACGGAGCUCAGGGUGGUUCUGAAAGAGUCGCUCCCUCAGAGCAGCACCGUGAUCAUAAUCUGGGCGGUGUGCGGCGCUCUCUUUCUGCUCGUCAUCAUCGCCGUCGCCGCCUGCUUCGCCAUAAAGGUGCUUCACAACCGGCACGAUUACGAAGGAUGUACGACCCUGGAGGGCGGGAGCUCUGACGCUCCGCGGCCGCUAAAGAAGGUGGAGUCCAGCCGGGAGGGCUCCAGGUGUACCAGCCCCUCGGGUCCGCUGCAGGGCCCGGUGAUAUACGCCCAGUUGGAUCACUCAGGCAGUAAAAACUCGUUCCAUAAGAUGGAGCCCGUGGUCUACGCAGACAUCCGUAAAAACUGAAGAUGGGGACCAAAAACUACAAAAACAAACUAAAAAAUGAUAAUAAAACACACUAAAGUAUGAGACCUCUCUAUUAGCUGCUCUGGGGAUGGGUGGGAAAGGUUUAACAGGGACAGAAUUGGUAACGUUUUCUCUCCAUUCUCUUCUUUCUCCAUAUUUUGUCCUCUGACAGCAUGUUAUAUGAUAAAGUAAUGUCUCCGCGUGCUUUGUUGUUGACUUUUAAAAAAAAUAACUAAGGAAACACUCCUGACGAUACAUCAUAUCAGCCUUUAAAAAGUUCUCCAACACAGGGAUAAAAA